AUCAACAGGUGAGCCGAAACCGAUCCGGGAUCUUCAGGGAGUCCGGACCGAACCAGAAACGAGAGGCCUUACACCUGUGUCGCGGGACUGGACGAGUUUCUCAGAUUACAGCCGGACUGGAUGACCUCACGUCGUUUGGACUACUGCGUCGCCCGUCCUGGACUCUGGUCCCCGAUGUCCCACUUCCUGUUGAUUAUGUUACCACGUCACCUGCGUCGCUUGGAUUAGUUCGAGUCCGCGGUUCGUUCUCGGGUCAACCAUGAUGAGCUCGGAAGCUCUGCGGCCCGCCAGCAGCAGGAAGCCACUGGGGAAGCUGGCGAGCCGGCUGGAGGAGCUGAAGAACCCAUGGAGGCAGGUGUCGUCGCUGGAGCUCAGCCACAAUGAGGCGGCCCGGCUCGCCACCGACGCGCUGCUGGAGUCCGGGGAGAAAGAGUACCGCAAAGUUCUGGCCGAGGAGCGCGAGCUCAACUUCCUGUCCCCGCUGGAGAUCCGGUACAUCACCCAACAUGCCGCCCGGACCUGCGACUCCGACGUCAACGGAACCGGUGAACGGGACUACGGGGACGGAGACGCGGUGUCCGAACUCACCUCGGGAACUUACUUCCCGCUCAUGUCGGACGAGGAGCCGCCGAUGCUGGAGCUCGGCUGGCCGGACUCCCCGGCCCGGUAUGGGCCGUCCGAGACCCAGAUCUACUUCCAGAGGGACAAGAGCCACAACGUCAAAGACCUGAUCCGAUCCCUGAUCAACAAAGCCAAGAAGGUGAUCGCUGUGGUGAUGGACGUCUUCACAGACGUGGACCUGCUGUGCGACCUGAUGGAGGCCUCCAACAAGCGGAAGGUUCCUGUCUACAUUCUGCUUGAUGAGAAGAGCCUGGAGUGCUUCGUGGACAUGUGCGCCACCCUGGACAUCCAGAACUCUCACAUGAGCAACAUGCGUGUGCGAAGCGUCUCUGGCGACACCUACUGCACGAAAAGUGGUAAGAAGUUCAGCGGUCAGGUUCUGGAGAAGUUCAUGAUCAUCGACUGUGAGGAGGUGAUCGCCGGGUCCUACAGCUUCACCUGGCUGUCUGCGCAGGUGCACAGCAACAUGGUGAUGCACUUCUCUGGACGAAUCAGCGACAGUUUUGAUCGCGAGUUCCGGUGUUUGUACGCUGACUCGCAGAUCAUCCCGGAGUUUCACCAGGAGGAUGAGGACGUCAUGCCCUACUACCCCCCAUACCAGACCCCGAUGUUGGGACCCCUCAUGGGUCUGGACCUGAUGCAGGACAGCCGCCACCGGGUGUCGUCUGAGAACUCCAGUAGUCAGUCUAGCGGCAGUGUGUCCAGUGUGAAGGCAGCACCCGGGAUGAGCUCUAACGCCUAUAAGGUCAACCAAAGCCAUGACAAGAAAGAGUCCAACACCAGUUCCCACCAGAUGCAGGACCGGAGGGCAGGAGAGCGGGUGGGUCAGAGUUCGUCACCCCAGAGCCACAAGCCCUGGGUCAAUGGUGGAGUUGGUAUCAGUUCGGACCGCUCUGCGCCGCCUCCUUAUGGUCAGCAGUUGGUUUCGGACCACAACAGGACCACUCCCGGGGAGGUCUUGAGGCCUAGCCUGGGCGGCACCACAUCCAAGUUCCACGCUCUUGGUUUGUACGACCAGAAGCCCAACAUGUUCCAUGGCUCUGGACUGGUGGGCUCCAACUCCCGAACACAGACUCCUCCCCUUGACAGCAAGCUCUCAGCGAAACACCGCUCUCCCUCCAACCCGUUGCUGAACAAAAUCUCUGACUUCUUCCUGCCUCCCUCCAACAAGGACAAUCACCGACGGCCCCCGUCCCCUAUGGGGACAGCGGCUUGGGGGGGACCAGGCUUGUCCCAGGAGGAGCCUGAGAGCCAGCAGGCACCACCGCCACCUAUGUCCCCCACGACACUGAUGACCCGGCAGGACCAGAAGCGGAUGACGCUUGGACACAGCAAGCUGGACCUAGUGAACCAGUACAACAACAAGAAGUACAAGCAGGUCUACAGUCGCUUUGAACUCAAGAGCUCCAACUGAUAGCUGUGGGGUUCCUCAGCCAGGUUGCACAAGGGCCUCAUGUCAACCUCCUGAAUCUCAACGAGAGACUUUUGCUUUUUUACUUUCCGUGUGUCGUGCAGGACGCACGUGGAACUGGGAGUGCGGCACGACUCUUCUGCACUGAUUUGUACAAGCGCUGCACCUUCUUGUGACCAUGAACUUUUGUUGCCACAGUCGUGGGGUGGUCUGGUGGACCACAAAAAAAGCUAACAUAACUUUUCACCAUUGUGAAGCAUUCAGUUUAAAUCAGAACUGAAGUGCUCUGUGGAGUCCUCUCCCAGCUGACCAAAAGAACUCUCAACCGCCUGAAAUGGUUAUGCUACUGAUCUACUUACGAGUCACAGGGGUGCACAGUAGUUCACUAAGCAGAUAGUCUCCCUUUAGGGGGCAAACCUGGACCUUUUCUUGGUAGAUUUUUGAAAGCCCAGCGAUGCCGUGCUGGUUUCUUCCCACUGGUUCACAUUCACGACUUAAGUAAAGACUCCAUCUGGGACAUCAAGGCCAUAUCAGCACUGGCUGAGGAGACAAAGUUGUUGGCCAACCAGUGAGAAGAUGAGACUCCAGACUUGAGAUCACGGGUGAGGAGAACGCCUGACAAUCAGCUUGAGUCCUGUAGCUCCCUCACUCUAGAACAUGGGUCACAAACAAAUCCACAAAAGGCAUAGGUUUCUGUUCCAUCCAGUGAAGAGCAUGCUGCUUCACCAAUCAGGUGUCUGAGGGCUGUAAUCUGUUGAUUGUCACUCUGGUGCUGUUUGUUAGGUGGUAACAAAAACCCAGAACCUGCUGCUGGCCUUUUGUAGAUCACUGUGAGACCCUGCUCUAAAACGAAGGCAUCUCAAGACCCAGAGGAAUCCUCCUACUUGCAUGAAGCUGGCAGAACUGUGAAGAGCUCUGACAAAACCUCUCAAUUACACGUGACCACACACACGCCUCCUUGCAGCGCCCCUCACGCAAAAGCUAGACUGCGUCUUUGUUUACUCUCCUUCGGACAAUGAGUUUGUUCAGUUUGUUUACUUCUUGUCUGUAAACACAUGUUGGGAGAUGUGCGGACAAGUUUGUUUACCAUGUGUUUACAAAAGUUGUGUUCUCACAUCAGGUCCCCCCCCACCUGCCAGCGCCACACGCUGGCGUGCAGAGGCAAGUGGGCCGGCGAUGGUUGUAUUUCGGUGUAAAAAAGAUUUGGGGUGUUUAUUUUAUAACUUUCUAAUGUUUUUUUUAUUCUGAAUUAAAUUUUCUCAGAUUUGGCCAAUGUCA